AUGCAGCUCAUCUCUCUCGCUUCCAUGGGCCUCGUCCUCUUCGCUGCCGUCGGCGCAGUCGCCAGCCCCGUGGACAACAACGCCCUCGACGUCAAUGAUAAUCUGGAGGUGCACGACGAAGCAGCCACACUGAUCACAUACAACGGAUCCUGCUCCAAGAAGAACAACUCAUGCAAAUAUAAAGGCCAGAAAGGCAAGACGUCCUUCUGCCACUGCAAGUUUAAGAAGUGCGGCAAGGAUGGCAACAAGUGCCACUUUGAUAGCUAUAGCCGCGAUUGCAAGUGUAUCUAGAUGGUUUGUGCUGGGUUCUCCUUCGGGGGUGCUAUAUAUAGUUGGCUCUGCUUGGCUGCAAUAGUGCAAGUGUGGCAUUCAACAUGUCGGCUUGUGCAUGGUCUCCAGUUAUCAUAGUGAAUAUAC